CCGAUGCCGGGACGGUCCAUACCGGCCGCCCGUUAACCGGUUUGAAAUUCCCGCGCUGUCGGGAGCUCGGCACGACAACUGCGAGCUCGAGCUCGAUUACGAGGCUUUGGCAAUUUUCGGGCUGCGCUCGCGUGAGAGUUCGAUCUGCUGCGCACUCGGGGUCUGUCCGAGAGACUCCCGAUCUCGAUGAGCCUUCUUUUGCGAAUCUCGGGAUUUUUCUUCUCAGUGCUGUCUGCGAGACCCUCGUGAACAUUGUCCAGAAAUUGGAAUUUUGACUGAGUGCACAGUUACGGAGGUGGCGGAGAGCUGAGAUUGUUUCCCUCGCCGAGCUGAAGGUCAAUCGAGUUAACUGUUUUUCAACAUCAUCGAGCUGCGACUGCUUUUGAACGGCAUUAUGGCGAUGUUUGGAAAGAAGGGAGCCGAAUUGGUCCGCGAGGCCAAGCAGGCCCAGGCGACUGUUGAUCAGUUCCGUCCUUUUAAUAAGGAUUUGUUUGAGCAAGUGAUCAAGGAGACAGAGGAGCAUUAUUCUCAUUUGCAAGAAAGGAUGAGCCAAAUUCGCAUAAGCGAGCCAUCUCAAGGCGUGGAUCCAAAUUUUGUCGGAGGUUGCGCACAGCAUAGAAGCGUGUUACGAAAUAAGCGCUGCCUCCUGGCUUAUGUAAAUGCUAGGUUGGGUAAAAUUCAGCAGCUAAGGUGGGAUCUUGGAGCAGUGUUACCCGAUGACAUCGCAGAAAACCUGUCUGCGACAGAGCGAACUUUCUUUCAAGGAUACUCCGAUGCACUGGGUUCCUACAUGAACGAUAUCAAUUUAGAUCUCACCGUGGAUGCAACUCCGCCGAAAGAUCCUUAUGUACAAAUUCGCGUGAUCGGCAACCUUGGGGAAGUCCUUCUGGACGAUCAGGAAACCUCCCUCUUGCCCAACUCAAUUCACUUCAUGACUCGUACCGAGGCAGAGCCUCUGGUUCUGCAGGGUCUCUUGGAAAUCUACAUGGGUUGAGGCAAUGAACUGCAGAGCAAUUGAAAACAUAGUAUUUCAAGAGAUACAGGUGGAUAUCAACUCUUGACAAGUGGGCAAACUGUUUCACUGACGAUUACGCAGUUUUGCUUUCGAGAUGGAAGACCUCCUCGCGACCUGCUACGCAAGAGAGGGUCUGCAGACGAGUUGCCAACCAUGCCCAAUAAGUUCUCAGGACGUGUCAGGAGAGAAGUCAGAUGCUUGCCUCGAUCAGCUCAUGAUAUUCAAUUGGCCUGUUCCUACUAUGGAACUUGUUCUCUCUCCUCUCUUCAGUGAGACUCGGUCACGAGACUGACACCGUCAUCACCUAUGGAACUGGCUGGCAAGUUACUACCAUGGUUUCGCAUUAGAUGGCUGGGAGCGGAGAACCUGAAAGCUUUUACAGCACGUCAAAUUCAGUUGUCCGAAUCCAGACGUUGAAAACCAAGUGAAACAUCCGACACAGGCUUAACUUCUUGAAAGAUCUUGCGAGGCCGGGGAAAAGGACAGUCUGCCACCAGGUACCAGUUGGUGUACAAUUAUGGACAGAUUGGUGGGGAAGAGGUUUCCACCAACUGUGAACAGACUCCAGAGGCGAACAGUCUGGUCAUAGCACGGUUCAUCUGUUCACACGCUACGUUUGAUUUGUCCAUCGUAUGCAGAUGACGCACUUUGCAGUACCAUCACUUUGGAUAUAAUAGACAAGGCGAUGCAUCCUGCUUCUGGCUUCGGCAAUGGGCGUAAGCAUUAUCUAUUAUACACUCUUCAUCGACACUAUCACGUUUUCUGCACAUCAGCAAGAGCUCCUAAAAGAGGGGCUGAGACUCAACGUUUCCCGUCUAUUGUUUUUUUUCUUCGUUGAGAAUUAAAAUAAAAUAAAGAAGAGGACAUCUGGUUGAUAUGAGGAGGUGUUAUCGUAUCUGAGGUUAUCCAGCCCGAGGUUUAAAUCAUGAAGUAUUGGGUGUGGAGUCUGCAAGUUUUCUCAAGAAUGUCGGUUGAAAGAGAAGAGGAUAAGGAAGCAGAAGACGGAGAAACGAGGACAACUGUGCUGAUUAGAUAGGAUACCCUCAAGGCAAUGAUAGUAAUAACUUUUCUGUGUAUUAAUUGUAUCCUCGAAAAGACAGAAGGAACGCAUGAACUUCCCAUACUGACAAGGAGGGUUCAGUAUUUACCUCUGAGCAUCGUGCCUGCUUCCACAAAUGAUGAAUAAAGGGUUGCCAGAUAUCACGAAUGCCGGGGCAGAUAUGGUUGAUGAAAUUUCACCAUCUAAAACUUUUGCUUAACUAGUAUUAUUACUUAUUAAGCUUGUAAGUAUUAAGCUUGUAAGAGCGUGAACUACAUGUGUCAAUCAUGCUCUGGUUGGGGUUGAACUCAAGCAGAUGGAAGUGAGAAGAGGCUUUCCGAACUUGUACAACCGCAUCAAGCUCUGAUGCCCUGACUGCAUGCAUCAACAUCUCGACAUUGACAUUUGGAGUCAUCUAUUAAGCCCAGUAUAUCAUAAUUUACUCGGGUGAUUAUAACUUCCCGUUCCAUUAUCUUCGGCAAAACAACUUGCAGCUGCUGUUGAGGUGGGUUGACAAAUGUGGGCCUUUCUUACACAGUAAUACCCAACGAUUUGGCACGAAAUAGCUAACUAUUGUUUGGGAUCCUGAGGCUCGAAUCGCUGUUACUACACAUCUGUCGGGCAGAACUAGAUGUACUGUCAAGUUUCAGGACGCUUGAAUCUCUGAAUGGUCAUUCGACGAGUCGAUUGCCUGUCCUUGUGUAGCCUUCCACAUCGCGACACUGCUCACAGCGUGACAGUGUAUCUCUCUGUGAAAAUUCCCUCGAGCUUCCAAACUGUAUUC